AUGGAGGAUCUUGUGCGCAAGUUUCAAUGUCUUUCUCAGGAAUGGAACAAAAAAAACCAUGAUUUAGCUGUUUGUCAGGAAAAGUUGGAAAAUUUGACGCUUGAUCUGACUCAAUUUUGUUAUAUGCCUAAUCGUGAAACUUUCGCAUCUAAAAGGGAGCUCCUCAUUGCGCGUGACACGCUGGAAAUCGGCGCUAUUUUAUCUCUUGAAAAACGUGAUAUGGCUGCCUUUGAACGCUACAUGUCGCAAUUGAAAUGCUAUUACUGUGAUUACAAGGUUAAUUUGCCUGAUUCGCCCUACAAGUAUGAAUUGUUCGGAUUAAAUUUGCUACGCUUACUUGCACAGGGGAGAUUGGCUGAGUUCCAUACAGAGGUUGAGCGUUUAUCAUCGGAAGAAAUUAACAUGAACGCUUACAUCAAGCAUCCACUCUCAAUGGAGCAAUAUUUGAUGGAGGGUAGCUUUCACAAGGUGUUUCUAUCCAAAGGAAAUGUCCCAUCGGAGCGCUACAACUACUUUAUUGACAUCCUUCUGGAUGCUACUAGAGAUGAAGUAGCUUCUUGUAUAGAAGCAGCCUAUGAGGAGCUGUCUGUUGAAGAAGCGGCUAAGGCUCUAUUUUUCACCAAACCAGAACAAAUGAAAGCCUAUGCAAAACAGCGUCAUUGGACCCAAGUUAACGGCAGGUACAUCUUUGCGAAGUCAAAUAAGCAGACUGAAAAUGCACUACCCGCUACUGACCUGGCGAAAAUUCUUCUUUACUAUACUCACGAACUAGAACAAAUAAUAUAG